UGGAGUGAAAUGCGGCUCCUGUGUACUGAGACACAAUCCUGAGAUCCUGCAGAUGGCCCUCCUCUUUCCAGCUGCAGACAGACAGCAUGCCCACGACGCGCACAGACUCCUCCAUCCAGACCAUGCACACUGCAGCUGAAGCCAUCAUUCUGCAGGACACGAGGGGUGCUUCACUGAGCACUUCUUUCACUGUCUGAUCUCUCCGAUCCUGUCUGAUAACUCAGUCGGAAUAAGUGGAUCUCUAUCUGCCAUGCGCCUUCUUCAUCUUUCAGCUCUUCUGGUGGCGGUGCUGGUUGCAAGGGCACACCGGCAAUUGUUGCCCGGAUCCUGCAGCUUCAAGAAUGGCACGUGUGGCUACACUUCGGAUCCGGUGCAUGGCACCUGGACUGUGAACGACGAAGGUCGCUUCAUAACUGCAGACUCCUCACUCAUGGGUGAGACCAACAAAGCCAUUUUGGUGAGUCCUGAGCUUGAAAUAUUUGACUGGAGCUGCUUACGUCUAGUGUACCAAAUCGCUGGGGCAGGCUCACUUCAGGUUCACCUGCGCCCUGAUGGUGAGAACUUCGACUACCUGCUAUGGACGAUGGACAAGCCCUCGGACAGCUGGUUAAUAGGCAGUGUGGACCUCCGCAAAAUUUCCAGUGCCUACCAGCUUUUAAUGGACGCCAGGCCCAACAAAGGGGCAGGAAACAGCAUUGCUAUCUUUGAAAUUCAUAUCAUUCCCGGUUACUGUAUAGAGUGUAACUUUGAGGAAGAUCAUUUGUGUGGCUACAGAAUCCAGUGGAACCCCAACGUGAACUGGUUAAUGGGAGGAAGCCUCACUCGAGAGCCUCAGUUCAACCUCCCAUAUGACAACACCAUGAGUAGUGAUAGAGGUCGCUACCUGUAUGUCAGCUCACUUUACACCAAGGAGUUCCAAGAGGUGGCAAAACUUGUGUCGCCCAUGAUCACUGUUCCCAUGUCCGGCUGCUUGUCCUUCUACUACCAGAGGAACCAAUCCAUGGGCAACUUCUUCUCUGUGUUCACUAGAGACCUGCUGGGCCACUAUGAGGAGAUUUGGAGGCCAGAUGUAUACGCCACGUCCACCUGGAAACUAGUGCAGGUGGACAUAAAGGUGCACCAUCCUUCAGAGGUGGUGUAUGAGGUAGCGUUCAACAGUCCUAAUGGCGGCUGUGUAGCGGUGGAUGACAUCACCUUUUCUCCUGAGUUCUGCCACAACGCAACACAGCGUAUCUUUGACCCCUCCGUGGCGAACUGUGAUUUCGAGGAGAAUUUGUGUCAGUACUAUCAGGAACAGUUCAGAGGCCCUGUGUGGAACAGAGUGUCUGUGAGACCAAACGCCUACAGGAUUGGAGACCACACUAACGGCGACGGUUGGUUCCUCCUCGCCAACACUCGUUCCAAAUCCCGCAUGGGCUAUGUGAGCCGCCUGCAUGGGCCCUUUCUGCCAGGGAACCACAAAUAUUGUCUCAGGUUCUAUUAUGCCCUACAUGGCUUAAGGAAGAUUGACAGAACCCUGGCCUUGUAUGUCUAUGAUGAGCAGAACGUAGCUCAGGCUAAGAUCUGGACAGUGUCUGAGAGCUCCAGAGAUGUGUGGACAGAAGUGGACAUUUCAUAUCAGAGGCCAAUGCCAACUAAGAUUGUGUUCGUCAGUAUCUGCAGAAACUUCUGGGAAUGUGGGCUUGUAGCACUGGAUGACAUCAAGGUCACUCUUGGAGACUGUAGCAUCACGGCAGGUCCUUUACGACCACCGCCAGGACACUGUUACUUUGAGACAGGAGACUGUGGAUAUACUCAGGAAAAAAGGAAUAAGAAAGCACACUGGUUACGGAACAGGGGACCGACCCCCACAUCCUACACAGGGCCCAAGGGGGACCAUACCUUAGGGGUAGGGUACUACAUGUACAUUGAGGCAUCCAACAUGUUGCCUGGACACUCAGCACGCUUGGUGACACCGGAGCUACGGGGUUCAUUCAGGACACAGUGUUUAACCUUCUACUACCACAUGUAUGGUACGGGAACAGGCGUCCUCAACGUCCUGCUGCGGCAGGAGGGCAAAGUCAAAGAGGCGCUGCUCUGGAGACGACAAGGAGAGCAGAGUAUCUCCUGGAUGAAGGCGACUGUGGAUUACGACUGCUUUAGCAAGCACAAUAUUAUAUUUGAAGCCAUCAGAGGCCCUUCACUAAGAAGUGACAUUGCUAUUGAUGACAUUGUUUUCCAAUUGGGACCAUGUGAAGAUUUCGGAGACAGCUUUUCCUACUCAGGCUUCUCUGAGGACUUCAAUGAGAUUGAGUACUGAGGAAAGCACUGGAAUAUUCUGUGUUUGGAGUAUUUGUUUGUUUGUUUGUUUGUUUGUUUUGUUGCUAUGCAUGACCAAACUGAGAGACACAUUUCAUUGGAUUUCUUAGUGGAAUGGACAUAAUAUUUGCCAGAAUUUUUAGUCACAAGGACAGCUUGGGAACUUGUUUUAUUUUAUUUUUUGAUAAAUCUAGCUUAACCGUUCUUAAAUUUAGAAAUGCUUUUUGUAUUUUUAAGGCACAGUUUGUCAUUCUUCUCACCCUCUGCUGGCCCACAAGAAUGAUUGCAGCUGAAAUGGAAACAUUGACAAGCCCUGAUCCUGGCUGUUGAAACUGUAUGUGCCUUGUAAGCUGUAGUUUAAGGCUGAACAGCUCCUUAGAAGAAGAGCUAGAUUUUUUCUGGGCAUUUAAAAAAAAUUAAACAGAAAUCAGUGAGAUCUAUUCUUUGGCACUAGUGUGGAUUAGAAGAGGUGAUUAUUAGAUCUAGAAGCACUUUGAUGUAUCUCAGACUGCACCUUUGAUAGAUUUUCUUCAUUGACAUCAGUCAGCAUUUUGCCUUUUUUGUGAUAUUGCUGAAGUGAAAGAUUUGAUUAUGGUUGAAUAUCAUAAAUACUUAAAAAGCAAUAAUAAUAAAACUUCUUGUUGACACUGUGUAUUUAUGUCGAACAAAAUGAUAUUGUAAUGUAUUGUUUCUAUGGUCACUGAUCAUGUCAGGUCAUUUCAUUUUGA